AUGAAAAUGAAUGCAGAUCAAGCAGUUCAUAAUAUUUUUUCAGGUAUCAUUCCUGUUGCACAAUCGAUUGAUAAACUAUCAAGUGAAUUAAAUAUGUAUAAAGCGAAUGCAAAACAACAAGUUAAACAAGAUGUUUCAUCGUUUUGGAAUGACAAUGAAGCUAAAAUACCAAUAUUAGGUCGAAUUACUCGUUUGUUACUGUCUGUUUCAGGCACAAGUGUGCCCAGUGAGAGCGCGUUUAGUAUAUCGGGACGAUUAAUGCAAAAUCGUGUCAGUCUCAAAGCUGAUUAG